GUAACAAAAAUAUAAUGCCCCCUACCAGACAAUAUCCUUUCACCCAAAACAUUAAUACAUCUCAAAUACAACCACAUUAAAAUAAUACAAAAUAUAUGUAUAAAACAUGCCAAAUACCACCUUCUCUUUUCUCUCUCUCUCUCCUCUAAACAUUUUUAUCUAUCCUUUCCCUCACCCUUCUCAUUCUCACUCUCAUUCAUACGCACACCACCCUCUCUUUCUCUCCUCUUCCAAUGGCUCUUCUUCUUGACAACUGUGAAGGCAUUCUACUCUCCUUGGACUCACACAAAUCAGUGCCAGCUCCUUUUCUCACCAAAACAUACCAACUCGUCGACGACCCCGCCACAGAUCACAUAGUUUCUUGGGGUGAAGACGACACCACUUUCGUCGUUUGGCGUCCUCCUGAGUUCGCCAGAGACCUUCUUCCCAACUACUUCAAACACAACAACUUCUCCAGUUUCGUUCGCCAGCUCAACACCUAUGGUUUCAGAAAGAUUGUACCAGACCGAUGGGAGUUCGCCAACGAAUUCUUCAAGAAGGGAGAGAAACACCUGUUGUGCGAGAUCCAUAGGAGAAAAACCGCUCAGCCUCAACAAGGGAGCAUGAAUCACCAUCACCACCAUUCACAUUCUCCACUCGGAGUCAACGUUAGCGUUCCCACUUUCUUUCCCUUUUCCAGCAGAGUCAGCAUCUCUCCCUCCAACGACUCCGACGACCAAACCAAUUGGUGUGACUCUCCGCCACGUGGAGCCACCUCAUUGAUGAACGGUGCAGCUAACUACAGCACUUCCGUCACCGCGCUUUCCGAGGACAACGAGAGACUCAGGCUAAGCAACAACAUGCUCAUGUCGGAACUUGCGCACAUGAAGAAGCUUUACAAUGACAUUAUCUAUUUCGUUCAGAACCAUGUCAAGCCCGUUGCUCCAAGCAACUCUUACUCUUCUUCUUUGCUACUGUGUAAUACACCCACGGGUACUCCGAUGAAUGGGGGCAAUGUUUCGAUGAUGCAAAGGCCAAUGAACCAGCUUCUGGGGUAUUAUUCUAAUAACCCUAAGCAAGGAACUACUCCAAUAACUCAACAUCAGCAACAUCAGCAACAUCAACCUCAGACCUAUGUUGUGAACUCCCCCACCAACACAUCAAGGAGUUCUAUAACGAUUGUUGAAGGGCCUAGCGGUAACGUUAACAGCUGCAAGACAAAGCUUUUUGGCGUGUCGCUGCAGUCAAAGAAAAGGGUGCACCCCGAUUUUGGAUCUAAUUCGGAGACCAACAAGGCUCGUUUGGUUUUGGAAAAGGAUGACUUGGGGUUGAAUCUCAUGCCUCCGUCCACUUGUUAGUUCCACUGAUUGAUUCUAAGAACUUUGAUAUCCCAAGCUAGCUUAAUUUUCUUUUACUUGCUUUCAUUUGUUUUCAUUUUCUUCUUAAUUUUUAUAUCACUACUCUCAAGUUUUGAGUCUUGGAGGAGCAGAUGAUAUUGAUGGAAACGUGUGUGUGCGUGCGUGGGUUCGUUUGUGUGACUGUUUUUGUGAUUCUGUGUACAUAUAACUUAGCGCCGAUAUUAUUAUCUUUGUUCCCGGCCCAUCAUCUAUUGAUGUAGGUGGGUUUUGGUUAGUGUAAAAGGUCAGAAAUUAAAGCAAACUUUAAAUGUUCUUCAA